CACACACGAGAGGGUGAGAAUGACACACUCGGGCUUCACGCGCACUUAUUUACCAAUGUAAUAACACGCUGUGAGGGAUAAACACAACGAGGAAGGAAGGAGGCGAGGAAAGAGUCUCUGCUGAGGAAACCAUGCACAUGUUUGAGGAUUUAAUUUAAUGAUCAAAUCAUCAUUUUCUCGAGGAAGGAGGAGGAGGCGGAGGAUUCGCUUUUAAAUGUCGUAAAGGAGAAAUCUGCAGCAGGCAACAUAUUCUUUAUGUCAAUGCUCGGCGCCACACGAGGACUGUCACUUAUGUUUGAAGAGUGAAUUUUGAGGAAAAUAAUCUCAGUUUUUAGUGAAAGAUUGAGACUGUUGUGGCCGCGCGAGGACGUUUCGUAAUGAUAUCAAACUGAAAGGAAGGAAGGAUUUUUUCAAACCUCCGUCUACAGACAGCCUGCUCGCCGUUUUCCUGCUGCUGCUGCUGGUGGAGGAGUGUAAGAAUAGUUGUUCUUGUCUGAUCGCUUUGACUCAUGAUUCGGGGGUUAUACUGGGAACUCGCCGCCCUGCCUUGCCACGAAGAGGAGCCCUGGUGGGGGCUCCUUUUUUCUUUUUUCCUCAGCGACCCCUCGCUCUCUCCCUCUUUUUCGUCUGCGGUCCGUUUAAUACAAGAGCAACAGCGGGAUUAAACAUUCCUGCUCGCAGCGCCUGUUUGUGCGAGGCAGACUGGGUUACAUUGUGAGAGGAACGGGUUGUGGUAAGAAAGGAGGCUAUAAAUAGCUCAUGCAAUUCUCGAAAACUAUCACAAGUGGUGCAUCAGCCUGUGGAGCAGACGGAAUCAGAUAUCCUGCAUGUAAUGACUCGCUUUUAAGUUGAUUUUUACGUGUGGUGUUUUUCUGAGAACUUUUGACUCUUAAUUUGGCAUUUUUGGGCUGUUCUUCGGCGCGGAAGAAAACCUCUCCCCAUGGAUUAUUGCUCUUUUAAUGAUGAAACUCUCAGCGGACUGACUGAUAUGGAAACAGGCUGAUCUUCUGUGCGUUUUGGAUUGAAAUGGAUACAUUUGUGAGCCCCCCGCCUUUGACAGUGAUCACAUUUGGAAUCGCCUGACCUGGAUUGUAACAAUGUUUUGAUCCCCGGAUUUACAUUACAACAUUAUAUCCGCUUGGGGCUUCAUGGAUGCGCCCUGCACUUCUUUCUGAAAACGCCCAAUUCCUCGUCUAUUAUCCGGACGUCUCGUGAGAUUAUAAUCCCGCUUGUUUUUAAGGAAUUAGAUUUGUCAGCCCUGCUCGGUGUUUUGGUACCGAUGUAGGAUUUCGACAUGCCCAGCGCUGACGACCCCAACGGCGGACGAUUAUGACUACAACCGCGAAUUGGGUGGCUAACGGGGCAAGCCUUGAGGACUGCCACUCCAACAUCUUCUCUCUGGCCGAGUUAACGGGCAUUAAAUGGCGUUGCUACAGUUUCCGCAGCGGCGGGGAGUACGGCCCUGUGAUCUCGGCCCCGGCCCAGGACGAUCCUGUCCUGCGCAGCUUCAUGCGCUGCGUUCAGGCCAACCUGCUGUGCGUGUGGCGACGCAAGAUCAAACCUGACGCCAAGGAGCUGUGGAUCUUCUGGUGGGGUGAAGAGCCCAACCUGUCGGACGUCAUUCAUCAUGAGCUCGAAGUGGCUGAGGAGGGGCUGUGGGAGUGUGGGCUGUCCUACGAGUGCAGGACCCUCCUGUUCAAGGCCAUACACAACCUGCUGGAGAGAUGUUUGAUGGACAAAGGUUUUGUGAGGAUCGGGAAGUGGUUUUUCAAGCCUCACGAACUGGAAGAAAAGUCUCUGGGCAACAGUGAGCACCUCUCCUGCUCCUUCUCCUUCUUCCUCCACGGGGAGAGCAAUGUGUGCACCAGCGUGGAGAUUGCCCAGCACCAGCCUGCGUACCACGUCACAGAGCACCACAUUGGCCUCGCACAGGCCUCCGCCGCUCCAGUGCAAGUGAUCCUGAGUCCGUACGGACUGAGCGGUACUCUCACAGGUCAGGCCUUUAAAAUGAGUGAUCCAGCGACACGCAAGCUGAUGGAGGAGUGGAGCUACUUUUACCCCAUGGUACUUCAACAGAAAGAAGGAAGUGGAGAAAAGGAGAAAGAGGAAGCAAGCCGGGCUUAUGAUCGCAACCGUCACGUAGCAUUGGAGGUCAUUGUAGGUGGAGUAAGGAUGACCUAUCCAGCUGCUUUGGUGCUGAUCGCCCAGGGGGACCUCCCAGUGGAGCAGCCUCCACCUGUUCCUGCAGCGCAGGGCCUCAACAGGGAGCAAAACCACUGCAGUGUGCCGCUCACUCCACCCACAUCCCCACAGCAGCCCUGCUCAGCGGACAGCGGUUUUGUGACCUCUGUCUCCAGCGUCCCCACGCCAGACAGCAGCAUGGCGGUCCCCAGCAUCAGCCCAAAGCAUUCUGGGAAGAAGCUGACCUGUCAGGUUGUACAUCAGGCCUGGAGGGAGUGCUAUCUCAACCAGCCGCAACCGAAUCAGCUGGCUGAUGAACCGAAGAAGGAAGUGCCAAAUGGAGUGGCAACGUGGGACUUCAAUGAUUUGGGAGCAAGGGCGCCCUGCAGCUGUUCCAGACUGAAGCAGCAGAAGCAAAAUCUGACCACCACUUCCACUGCCAACCCUCAGACCAGUGCCAAUCCCCCUCAAAACGCCGGUCCGUCCUCAUACCCCCCUUCCCUGCCCAAACACAAAACCAGUGACAAGACAGAAAAAGUUGACAAACAGUCCAAGAGGCCGGCCACCAUCCCCUUCCACCACCGCCUCUCAAUCACGCAGGAGACCCCUCUGGAGCAGGACUCAACGGGAGGGCCCCAGCUUGGAGGUCUUGUGGCUCUGGAGCCCCCUUUGGAGCCUCUGGCUGCUCUGCCGAGCUGCAAGUAUCCCAAACCGCUCUCUAACGGCAGGAAAGCCCCAGAGUCCCUUCUUCAUUCCCCCAUGUCUCCGCUCCCACCCACGCUAAGCCCGCACCCAAGAGUGCAAGACCCAGAGGUGCUUGAUGGGCCUGUGGAAAUGCCUGUUUGCCCGGAUGGGGGCUCAGGGAUGGGAAUGAUAACCAGUGAGACAGCGGUGUAUACAGCCCUGCUCAGGCAGAGGGAAAGUGGGGCUGGCUGGUGGAGAGACUUCAGGACUCCCCGCACUGAUAAGACUGACUGCAGACCCCCCGAACUCCCAGCUGAUAAGUUGGAGGAAGUGAAGACAGAUACAGGAACUGAGGGAGCACCGCUGAAGAGACUUUACACACAGACUCACAAGAGAUUUAAAAUCUCAGAGGAGAUGGUGAGGGAACACAUCCACACGUUGGGCCUCUUCCAGCAGGCGGGUGUGGAAGCUCUGCGGGAGCCUGGAGACGAUCCCUACGACUUUAAGGAAGGAGACAUCGAGUACACAUUCUCCACUUCCAAAAGGUUAAAGGGUCAAGGUAGAGAACCAAGCAAGAAAGUCAAGCAGGGAGAAGAAAUCACCAGCAAUGGAGCACUGCCUGAUGGGAAAGAUGCUAUGUCCAUUUUUAACUCUGCUCCAAAAUCAGAAGACUCAAGUCAGGAUGAUGGAGCUUCCAAAGCCAAUCCCUCUCUGACCAGAGAGAAAGAUCUGGUGGUGAACAUCUCUGAUCUUGACAACAUAUUUGAUGAGGAUGAGGAAGAGUUGGGGACUGUUUACCCCAACCAGCACUCAACCAAGCUGCCAGUGUCAACAGAAGAUCGCCCCCUGGGGAAAGAAGGAAGAGUUGCAGUACCUUACCCAUCAACAGUAGCAGACCUCCAGCGGAUGUUCCCCACCCCUCCUUCCCUAGAGCAGCACCCAGCCUUCUCUCCCAUCAUGACGUAUCGUGACACCCCGAGUCAGGAGCCUCCUGCACCCAGCGGGAUGGCGGACCACCUGCCACCUUUAGCCUCCACCCAGCUGACAGAACACAGGAUGGAGGUUGAGGAGGGCAUGGUCAGUCCACGGCAGGAAGAUAUCAAGCCACAUAUAGGCUCCUCCAUGUUUGCUCCCCUGUCCUGCCUGCCCAGCCAGAGUCUACCACCACUGAAGAUAACUGAGCAAUGUUACUACCGUCCCUCUUGGGCCCUCAUGCCCAAAAUGGAGCAUUUCCCCUCAAUGAUGCACCCCCAGAAUAACGCCUUCAUCAGAGAUGGAUACACAAACGUCCCCAGUGUAAACACCCUCACAGAUCAGGAGUAUGCUCAGAUGAGUGCCACCACUGCCUCUGUGAACACCACCAUUGGCAUCCUCCCGUCUCCUGCCACUCCACGUUUCUCUGUACCCACUCCACGAACUCCUCGAACACCACGGGGGAUCAACGCUGCGAGCUCUGGGCAGGGCUCAGUGAAGCAGGAUGGUACUGAGCUCAGCUCGCCAGUGUCAACGCCUUCCACCAGCCUGCCUCUUAGCUCUGUUGAGCCCCUAGCUCGGCCGGGACCCUCCCUACCAGAGGCACACAGCCUCUACGCCAUCCUCCUGCUCUCCGACUCUGUCCUAAAUGUCUUCAAGGAUCGAAACUUUGACAGCUGCUGCAUCUGCGCCUGCAAUAUGAACGUCAAAGGAGCAGAUGUAGGGGUGUAUAUCCCUGAUUCUACUUGUGAGGAUCAGUAUCGUUGUAUGUGUGGCUUCAGCGCCAUUGUAAACCGGCUGCUGGCCCACGGCACAGGACUCUUCUUGGAGGAUGAGCUUGAUAUUUUCGGCCGGACUUCAGAGGUAGGCCGGGCAGCUGAGAGGAGGCUGGCUCUGUGCCGGAGGGACCCAACUAUGGGGGACCCUAGGGCAAAGAAGCCCCAGGAUGCAGCCCCUACAUCCCCGUUAGUCAUGAUACUUCUGCAGGAACAGUGCUCCCAGCCUAUUUCCUCCCUGGCAUCACUAUAUCUCCCACUCAGCUGUUCCUGCCAUGGCCGCAAAGGGGCGCUACUCCAAAGCUGGAUGUCUGAGAAGCAGUGGGCGGAUGGGAGCGAUGCCUGUGUGGAGUGUUACAACGCCUUGGAACAGGGGCUGCAGUAUGUGGAUAACUCCACAGGAGGGAAAGUAGAUCAAGCUGUUGUCAGAAGCACAGCUCUUCAUCCCUGGCCUCACACGAAUGUGGUGGAGAUGAGCAUGUUGUCGUCCCAGGACAUGGUCCGUAUGCUGCUGUCUCUGCAGCCUUUCCUGCAGGAUGCCAUCCAGAAGAAGAGAACAGGAAGGACAUGGGAAAACAUCCAGCAUGUGCAGGGUCCGCUCACUUGGCAGCAGUUCCAUAAGAUGGCUGGGAGAGGCUCAUAUGGUUCAGAAGAGUCACCGGAGCCAUUACCUAUCCCGACAGUAUUACUUGGUUAUGACCGAGAGAGGGACUUCUUAGCAUUGUCCCCUUUGGCGUUACCUUUCUGGGAAAAGUUGCUACUUGAGCCUUAUGGGGGGCAGCGGGAUGUAGCGUAUUUGGUGCUGUGUCCCAACAGCCCCUCUCUGCUGGCUGCAGCCCGAGCCUUCUUCCAGGAGCUCAGCACUGUCUACGAGACGUGCCGCCUUGGAAAGCACCGUCCUCUUGCCAAAGUGUCCAGAGAUGGCUUUGUACGUGUGGGGGAAGAGGUAGAGCCAGAAAAGCUGGAGGAGCUGGAUGUGGACCAGUGGUUGACAGGACCCUGGGCUGGACAGCAGCACAACGACAACCUCAGCAGACUUAAACUCUACGCAUAUGCCUGCAAGCAGCAGCUAGGUCCCCAGCUGUCAGUCCUGCCUUUGGACAGCAGUCUUCUUGUACCUCCCAAACUCCAGCCUCCGUCCAACCCCACAUCCUCAUCCCAGCCAGCCUCUUCAGGGCAGACUCAGUCUUGGGGUCCUGAUGGUGAACCAGCUCCAGGAGCCGCCAGUUCAGGAAAUGCUCUGACCCCAACUGGGGCAACCUCAAACCAGACGGGGGAGACGACACAAGCAGCAGCCAGCGAUUCUAAAGGGCCUUCCACUGUCACUCCACCAGCCAACACACCAGCAGAAAACCCUGAACUCACUUCAGAUCAGUCUAGGAUCGGCAUCCCAACUGUUCCUGACUCAGCAGACAGCCAUGCAAACCCACCAGCCAUUGUUAUUUACAUUGUUGAUGCAUUUCUUAGCUCAAGUGGAGUGAGACAUGAAAGUGGAGAAGAGGAAGAGGGUGAUGAUAUGGAGACAGGUAGCAUUUGGCUACUAGGGCUGCUUCGUUGUUACACAGAGAUGCUGCAGUCUUUGCCUGAGACGAUGAGACCUGCUCUGGUGCUACAGGUGGUGCCGUGCCAGUACCUCCUCCAGCCAGCCAGCGGGGAGAGUCAUUUGUACCUACAACAUCUGCGCUCCCUGGCCUUCUCCUGUUACUCCCAAUGCAGACGUCUGCUGCCCCAGCAAACACACAUCAAGUCUCUGACUGGCUUUGGACCGGUGUCCGUGGUCAAUUCUGUGCUCAGGGGUCCAGAGCAUCCCAACCCCAUGCAGCUGUACUCUCCUCCCUUCGUUCUUGGUCCGACCCGUCCCAAGCAGCCUGAACCAGGGGAGAUAUGGGCCGAACCUCCUCCAAAAUACAAUGUGCUUUUUGUUGGAUACUGCCUAUCACAUGACCAGCGCUGGAUCCUGGUGUCCUGCACUGACCAGCAGGGGGAGCUUCUGGAGACCUGCAUUAUCAAUAUUGAUGUACCCAAUAGAGCGCGACGACCAAAGGUUUCAGCCAGGAAGAUGGGACUGCAGAAGCUGUGGGAAUGGUGUAUUGGCCUCAUCCAGAUGACCUCACUACCAUGGAGGAUUGUAAUUGGACGAUUAGGCAGACUGGGGCAUGGGGAAUUAAAAGACUGGAGCUCACUCCUCGGGGAACACUCCCUUCAUUCUGUGGGGCGCCAGCUGAGGGAGGCCUGCCGUAUUUGUGGGAUCUCAGCUGCCGACUCCCCAGCUAUCCUCAGUGCCUGCCUGGUUGCCAUGGAGCCACAGGGCUCCUUUGUGAUCAUGCCUGAUGCAGUCACCAUGGGGUCAGUGUUUGGCCGCAGCACUGCUCAUAACCUGCAGACUUCACAGCUGAACACACCUCAGGAUGCUUCCUGCACACACAUCCUAGUCUUCCCAACUUCUGCCACCACGCAGCUGGCUCCUAGCUCCUAUCCCACUGAAGAUAAUAAUGAUGACAUGUUCGAUCUGCCCUUUCCUGAUGAACUGGAGAACGACAUUGGCCAUGACAUGAUGCUGAUCACAGGGAACCUCCACCCGUCCCCCAACACCUCUCCUGUGCCCUCACCUGGCUCUCCGUCCGGGAUGGGAAUGGGAUCGCAUUUCCAGCACGCCAAGAGCCAAGGGGAGCGCCUGCUGUCCAGGGACAGUCCACCAGAGGAGCUGAAGCAGCAGCCGCUGGCUCUGGGCUACUACGUCUCCACUGCACAAGCAAAUGGACUCCCUCACUGGUUCUGGGCCUCCUGCCCACAGGCUGAGAGCCAGUGUCCACUCUUUCUAAAGGCCUCCCUCCACCACCACAUCUCCAUAGCCCAGUCAGAUGAGUUGAUGUCAGACAAGAUAAAGUGGACCCCUCACCCCUUAGACUCAAAGACCACCUCUGAUGUGCUCAGGUUUGUAUUGGAGCAGUACAACGCCCUCUCUUGGCUGACGUGCACCCCCGCCACCCAGGACCGCCAGUCCUGCCUGCCGGUCCACUUGGCCAUACUGAUCCAAAUGUACAAUGCCAUACUGAACAUGCUGUAGCUGCGGGGGUCUUCAGAGGACAGCUGUGUGGGACUAGGGGUUACCUUCACUCAAUCUGUGCCUGCCUACGCUUCCGCUUCUCCUGGGCACCAGAGAGCGCCAGAGCUCCGCCGUAAACAUUUCACAGCCAAAUUAAGGACAAGACAAGUCAGCCUCUGCCACGUCUGGAAUGUAAUGAACCAGUGGGCUGAAUUGCUGAAACAAUUGCUUUUAGUGAGCCACCAGUUUGUACCCUCAGUGCUGGUUGUGUGGUGCUUUCUGAGGACAGACAGAUUUAUCCAACUAUGCUCCUUCGACUGACAUAUCACAACUUUCUCCUGAUCACAAUAGCAUUAUGCUCCACUCUGAAGCGUCUGUGGAUGAAACUGAAAGAGAAGCCCUCUCCUGUGGAAAGGGAUGCCACAUAACUCCAUAUGUACAACCAGCAGAAACGGCAUGACCACACAAACACAUGGCUUUGUUUCAUCAACAAUGCUUUUACAUGUUUUUGUAUAUUAGAGGUAAAGUGAUGAGCUUCUGGGGACUCCAUGAAACUUUUUACCUUUAUUCUGAAAGGGGCAGAUUCACUCCAAAGGGGGAACAUUUGAUAAUGGCACUUUUUUCCUCACCUUCCAAAGUGUUGUAGAUAUGAACACAAUGGAAAAUAUUUGACCAUUUAAGACAGAGGUGUUGUUUAUAAUGUAAGACAUACAUUUGCAAAGAAUUGAGACUUAUUUUUAAUAUUUAAAACAGAAAAUGAAAACCUAAAACAAGGCCUUUUUUUCCCGAUUGACUUUGAAGUGUCUUGGGGAUCCUGAUACAAAAAUGUCAUUUUAAUGCAAUUGUAAAGAUGCCAUAUUUAUACAAAUUAUAUCAUGUCAUAGAAUUUGAUAUCUAUAUGUAUAUAUAUAAAUAUAUAUACCUCUUCCAUGCAGGCACUUAAUGAUAAAGGUGGUGGAGUCGACCAUCUCUUAGAAGUGGACACAGUCUGAACAUUAUCAAAGAAAUUGCAUUGUUUGUUUUUCUACAGAUAUUGAACAUUUUUCCUUUUAUUUAAUGAAUUUAAAUUAAAUUGAUGCAGGAGAAUCAAUAUGCUCUAUAUUUAUAAAGUGUUCCUCUUCUGCUUUAAAAAACUUGAACUAGGCAAUAGAAGACGGCGGUAUUGGAGCAUUGCAAGGUUAUGAAAUGUUUUAAAGAAACUUUAUUUCAUUGGCUCUCCUAAAUGAUGUCAAACCAAUAGAAAGUUCUGUCAGCUUCACUCAGUCUGCUCUUCGUUACGACUCCUCGCAUGUCUGUAUAUACACUUUUCAAGCUGUGUCUUUUGGAACUCUUAAAGCUGUACAUUUCAUGCUGGUUGGUUUACUUUCAAGUGAUUCAUAUCAAAGUAUUUUUUUGCUGUGAGCUUUUUUGAUAUACAGUACAAAACUCAUUUAUUUACAGCCAAGAGGUUUUAAUUGCCAAGUAAAGUGUACACAAAUGUACAGACGAGGGCAAGUUUGCAAAAAUUUGUUACAUCUGUCAUCACUUUGAAUAUCAAACAGAUCCUCUUCAGUGGGAGGGGUCUGUUACUUUUACACUCUUUUUUAGUAAAUUAUUAAAACUCUUGAAAAUGA